CUCUGCUGUGUUACCAUAGUUGAUAAACCCCGCUUCGUAUACGACUGCAAUGUGACAUUUUUUGUAUAUUGGAUGAAAUCACUAAUCCAUUGUUGAUAGUUUUGUCUACGUCAUAAUAUUUUGAGUGUGUAUGUGGUCUUCCUCGCAGAAACAAUGGGAUACAACAGAUUUGCGCUGCUCUACGGCCUUGCUUUUAUUUUUCUUGUCCUCCACCCCGUCUAUGGAGACGUGAGUUACUCUAUCCCGGAGGAGAUGAAACGAGGAUCUGUAAUUGGGAAUAUCGCUAAGGAUCUGGGACUUGAUUUGGGAAGGCUGUCUGCUCGCAAGGCCCGUAUCGAUACUGAGGAUAACAACGUCCAGUACUGCGGUGUAAAUCUCAACACCGGAGACUUGAUCGUUCAAGAAAGGAUUGACAGAGAAGGGCUUUGUGCGAAAAAGGCAUCGUGUGUUCUAAAAGAGGAACUCGUGCUAGAAAAUCCAUUAGAACUGCACCGUAUUAGUAUCCGCGUUCAAGAUAUCAACGACAAUUCACCGCAGUUUAAAGAGGAGUCACUUAAAAUUGAAAUUCAGGAAUCAGCGGACAAAGGUGCACGCUUUCUCUUGGAUGAGGCACACGAUGGGGAUAUCGGAGAAAAUGCUGUUCAGGGCUACUCACUUCAGCAGAAUGAUCAUUUCAAAUUAAAUGUGAAGACAAAGGGCGGUGGACGAAAAUAUGGUGAAUUAGUCUUAGACCAAGAAUUAGACAGAGAGGACAGAAAAGACAUUUUGUUAUUGCUUACUGCAUUCGAUGGUGGCUCUCCUCAGAGAUCAGGUACUGUAGUCAUACACGUCACUGUACUGGAUGCUAAUGAUAAUGUGCCAAUAUUCAGCCAGACCGUUUAUAAAGCCAGUCUGCCUGAAAACUCUCCUCUGGAUACAUUGGUGAUAACUGUGAGUGCUACUGAUGCAGACGAGGGAAUGUAUGGUGAAGUUACUUACGGAUUUGACCAUGUUUCAGAUGAAAACCAAGUUUUCUCUCUAAACCCUAAAACAGGAGAAGUUAAAGUGGCUGGAUCUAUUGAUUAUGAAAAAGAAUCGUCAUAUGAAAUGCAGAUUAGCGCCAAAGAUGGUCUGGGAUUGGCGUCAUAUGCAACGGUGAUAAUUGAAAUUACAGAUAUAAAUGACAACGCUCCAGUUAUAUACAUGAAAUCUCUGACUAACCCCAUACCUGAGAACGUGUCACCUGGUACAGAGGUGGGCAUCAUUAACGUGCAGGAUAGAGACUCUGAGAAUAACAGACAGGUCCGCUGCUCCAUUCAACAACACGUCCCCUUUAAGUUGGUUCCUUCUAUUAAAAACUAUUAUUCUCUGGUGACCACAGGACAACUGGACCGUGAACUAGUGUCUGAUUACAACAUUACAAUCACUGCCACUGACGAGGGCUCUCCACCUCUGUCCUCCUCUAAAACUGUUCAGUUAUCUGUAGCAGACAUCAACGACAACCCACCUGUGUUUGAGGAACAGUCCUACAGCGCAUAUGUGACUGAAAAUAACAAACCUGGCUCCACUUUAUGUUCCGUUACUGCUCGAGACCCCGACUGGAGACAAAACGGUACAGUGAUUUAUUCUCUGUUACCCGGUGAGGUGAACGGUGCCCCGGUGUCCUCCUAUCUAUCUGUUAACGGAGACACGGGGGUGAUCCACGCUGUGAGGUCGUUUGAUUAUGAACAGUUCAGGAGUUUUAAAGUCCACGUGAUGGCCAGAGACAACGGUUCUCCUCCGCUCAGCAGCAACGUGACCGUCAGUGUCUUCAUAUCGGAUGUGAAUGACAACUCUCCUCAGAUACUGUACCCCGCCCCGGAGGGCAACUCCUUCAUGACCGAGCUGGUCCCCAAAGCUGCACACGGAGGCUCUCUGGUGUCCAAAGUGAUAGCGGUGGACGCGGACUCCGGACAGAACGCCUGGCUGUCCUAUCAUAUAGUCAAAUCCACUGAUCCGGGACUUUUCACUAUUGGUCUCCACAGCGGAGAGAUCAGGACACAGCGGGACAUUUCUGAGUCUGACAGCAUGAAACAGAACCUUAUUGUAGCAGUGAAAGAUAACGGACAGCCUUCUCUCUCCGCCACCUGUUCCAUGUAUUUACUUAUUUCUGAUAACUUGGCUGAGGUGCCAGAACUGAAGGAUAUUUCUUAUGAUGAGAAGAACUCCAAACUGACCUCUUACCUGAUCAUCGCGCUGGUGUCUGUGUCCACCUUUUUUCUGACCUUCAUUAUCAUCAUCCUGGGUGUGAGGUUUUGUCGCAGGAGAAAGCCCAGACUGUUGUUUGAUGGAGCAGUUGCCAUCCCCAGCGCUUAUCUCCCUCCUAAUUACGCAGAUGUUGACGGCACAGGAACUUUACGCAGCGCUUACAAUUAUGACGCCUACCUGACAACAGGUUCUAGAACCAGUGACUUUAAGUUCGUGACGUCUUACAAUGACAACACACUUCCUGCUGACCAGACUCUGAGGAAAAGUCCAUCAGACUUUGCUGAUGUCUUUGGAGAUUCUGAAGUCUCCCCCGAGAGCAAUAAAAGGAAAUUUCGCAGUUUGGUCCUAGGAUGCAGCCUGUAA